AUGAAGUUUAGCACUUUAUACCACUGUGCUCUGUAUAUCCUGAGUCUGGCACUGCUUGUUGCUGGGAAUGUCCACCCAGAAUGUGAUUUUAUGACAGAGCUGAAGAAAAAGGAGGCUGAAUGUCUAGAGGACCCAGAAGAGCAUGGAAAUGCAACAUCAGCAGGUUGCAAGAGAGCUUGGGACAAAUUACUGUGCUGGCCAGAGGCAGAUGCUGGAGACACUCUUGCCUUACCAUGUCCAAACAUCCUCUUUCACUUCAUGAAGGAUCCAGCUGGGAUAGUAAAAAGGAACUGCACAAAGAAAGGCUGGUCUGACCCAUUCCCUCCCUAUCAUAUCGCUUGUCCAGUAGAAGAAGAAAUUCCACUUGACAAAAAAUCCUACUUUUCUACUAUAAAGAUCAUCUACACUGUAGGGUACAGUGUAUCUAUCACCUCACUCAUUAUUGCCGUGACAGUUCUUAUUGCAUUCAGGAGGCUUCGCUGUCCCAGAAAUUAUAUCCAUGUACAGCUCUUUUUUACUUUUAUCUUGAAAACUAUUGCCAUCUUCAUUAAGGAUGCUGUCCUUUUCCAAGAGGAAGACAUUGAUCAUUGCAGCUUCUCUACAACUGAAUGCAAGAUCUCAGUUGUUUUCUGUCACUACUUCAUGAUGACCAAUUUCAUGUGGCUGCUAGUAGAGGCUCUUUACCUAAACUGUCUACUACUUUCUUCACUUUCUCAUGGAAGAAGAUAUUUUUGGUGGCUUGUUCUCUUUGGCUGGGGUUUUCCAAUGCUUUUCACCCUUAUAUGGAUAUUAGCAAAAGUCUACUUUGAAGACACAGCAUGCUGGGAUAUUAAUCAAGGCUCUCCUUACUGGUGGUUAAUCAAAGGACCUAUUAUAAUUUCUGUUGGGGUCAAUUUUGUCCUAUUUAUUAACAUCAUCAGAAUUUUGCUGAAAAAACUAGACCCUAGGCAAACCAACUUCAAUAACUCUUCUCAGUACAGACGUCUCUCAAGGUCAACUCUGCUUCUAAUUCCAUUAUUUGGAACCCAUUAUAUUGUCUUCAACUUUCUUCCGGAAUACACCAGCCCAGGGGUUCGGCUUUACUUAGAGCUCUGCAUUGGAUCUUUUCAGGGGUUUAUUGUAGCAGUUCUUUACUGUUUCCUGAACCAAGAGGUCCAAACGGAAAUUGGACGGAGGUGGCAUGGUAAGAAAUAUGGACUUAUGCCAGUGUGGAGAAGGACGAGAUGGACUGUGCCAUCCAGUUCUGGAGUAAAAAUGACCACGUCUGUGUGCUAAAGAUGGCCUCAGGAUCUGGAGUAAUCAUAUAUAAAAGCCUAAUUAGGAAAAAAAAGUAACCAACCAACCAAACUAAAAAACCCACCAAACAUAAUAAUUGCAGUUUAUACU